AAUUACAUCACUCAUGUUUCGAGUCUUCCGACUCAUUGGCUACAUUUGUGCCCCUAAUCAAUUUCGCGGUCGAUACUCUCUUCUGGCGAUGUGGUUGAACAAACCUAUACUCGAUAUGUUUGCUGAAAUUCCGGCUGAUACAACCAUCCCAAACGAGUACUAUGGAGUUUACAACUGGGUUCUUCGGGGAGCAUUUGGUCAUGUGUAUACAGUCCAUCCUUUCUAUGAACUCCCAGAGUGUUACAAGGAUCCCAGCCUCCUUCCAGAGGGCAAGACUGCCUAUGACUUCUCCGUCACCUACGCCAUUACUCUUCAAAACAACCCUCUCCUCUUUCUCGAAAUAAAACCUCCUGGUCAUCUCAAUGACCUCUCGGCUAGGUUUGCUGCAGACAAGCAGAUGAGGGAAAGAUUUCAUAGCCUUAGACCCAUAACCACGACACCCAGACUCCACGGUAUCAGUGUCAUGGGACAGAGGCUUGCCUUCUAUCACAUGGACAAAUCCAGUGGCUGUAUAUUCCCCAAACUUCCAACUUCAGGAGACGUUCCGAUCGAUUGGUGGAAGAUGGACAUCACGACAAAAGCUGGAAAUCGAGAGUUCAACACUGUCGCGCGUGAUGUCAAAAACAUGACAGAAGAAACUGCAACGGCCCUCAGGCGUCGGCACGACCCUGAUUAUGACGAUGGUCUGUUCGUGACGUUGCGAAAAUUCUUGUGGCUGCUUUACUCUAACUCGGGGAGACUAUAAUUCAUGUUCUGAUGAUAGGAAAAGAGAUUGGAGCACAUACUGGCCUGUAUUUUAAUCACGCCUUUGAUCACGGUAGUCACUAGGCUAGGCUUUCACAAUCAUAAUUAUGUCGAGAAAGAGCUCUGCUUGCAAAGCUACGACAUAUGCUUAUCGAA